CCUCGCAGCGUUCCCCUCCCCCACUUUCUUAAAGGGCCGGCGCAGGGCUGAGCGGGAAGGGGCUGGCUGCACCGUCCCAGGCCCGGUCGGGCACACAGUGGGGACCUGGGAGUUGGAGGCGUGGCAGGCGGGCCAGCCAGAGUGCUGCUGUCGCCUACGGCUCCACUCCGGUUGCCCGCCCGCCUGCAGUCCCUCCGCCCUUCCCCGCCCUUCCCGCUCCUCCCUCCCUCCUUCUCUCCUUCCUUCCCUCCCUACAGCCGUCCGUCCCCCCCAUCUCUGCUCAGCUUCUCCACAGCCUCGGCUCCGACACCUGAAGAGACCGAAGCGGGCACAGGGAGUCCCGACAGGCGGCUGCGGAGUGGGACGGUCAGUCUAGCGGAGGCCUCCGCAUGGCCCCACCGUGAGAGACUGGACCCAGCGACUGGGACCCGGAGCAAAGCUUCAUCCACCUGGCCAUCCACACACCAGGUCAGCAAAACUGACCGCACCAGUACUUCAGACCACAUACUGGAGAAGGGUGAUUCAGCAGACUUGAUGAGGUCUUCGAGGAACUCCCAACCUCAGGGGUGGUGUGGGGGUCUGGUGGAGUCCCAGGAGCAGUCAGCACAGGGUGAGAGUAGUGGCUGCCAUGGAUGAGGACAAGCUUCCAUCUCAGCUACCUGGGGAAGGUGGUGCUGCCUGGGACCCCACCUUGGAGUCUGAGGAAGAACCAGGGGUCCAGAAUGGAAUGGCACAGAGUCAGGACCUGAACAGCAGCUACAGUAGCCCAGGACCCGAGAUAAGGGGCACUUUGGUGGACACCAAGGAGCCUUCACAGGGCCCGAACAUGGCCCUCCAUGGCCUCAGCCUUGGUCUUUCCCUCACCAAUGGCCUAGUCCUGGGGCCAGACUCCAACAUUCUAGAAGAUUCUACAGAGUCCAGGCCCUGGAGGCCUGGUGGGCUGGCAGAGGGGGACGAUGCUUCCGGGAAUCUAUGUCUGGACACUGAGGACCCUCAGCUGGGGCCGGGUGGCCCCGGAGAGCCAGAUGUACGGGAUGGCUUCAGUGCCACGUUUGAGAAGAUUGUGGAGUCUGAGCUACUGCGGGGCACCCAGUACAGCAGCCUCGACUCCCUGGACGUGCUGAGCCUCACGGAUGAGAGUGACAGCUGCGUCAGCUUUGAGGCCCCCCUGACACCCCUCAUCCAGCAGCGGGCCCGUGAUAGCCCUGAGCCCGGGGCUGGCUUAGGCACUGGGGACAUGGGGCCUGAGGGGGACAUGGGAGCAGCUGGUGGUGAUGGGGAGCUGGGCAGCCCCCUGCGGCGCUCCAUCUCUAGCAGCCGAUCAGAGAACGUCCUGAGCCGCCUGUCUCUAACUGCUAUGCCCAAUGGCUUCCAUGAAGACGGACCCCGGGGUCCAGGUGGGGAUGAAGAGGAGGAGGAGGAGGACACAGACAAGUUGCUGAACUCAGCCAGUGACCCCAGCUUAAAGGAUGGCUUUUCAGACUCAGACUCAGAGCUGAGCAGCUCGGAGGGGCUGGAGCCUGGCAGCACAGACCCCCUGGCCAACGGGUGCCAGGGGGUCAGUGAAGCUGCGCGCCGACUGGCCCGCCGCCUCUACCUCCUUGAGGGCUUCCAGCGCUGUGAUGUCGCCCGGCAGCUAGGCAAGAACAACGAGUUCAGCAGGCUGGUGGCCGGGGAGUAUCUCAGUUUCUUCGACUUCUCGGGCCUGACUCUGGACCGAGCGCUCAGAACCUUUCUGAAGGCCUUCCCACUGAUGGGGGAGACGCAGGAGCGUGAGCGGGUCCUUACACACUUCUCCCGCCGGUACUGCCAGUGCAACCCAGAUGACAGCACGUCGGAAGAUGGGAUCCACACGCUCACCUGUGCUCUGAUGCUGCUCAACACAGACCUGCAUGGACAUAACAUUGGCAAGAAGAUGUCCUGCCAGCAAUUCAUUGCCAACUUGGACCAGCUGAAUGAUGGCCAAGACUUUGCCAAAGACCUGCUGAAGACCCUUUACAACUCCAUCAAGAAUGAAAAGCUGGAAUGGGCCAUCGAUGAGGACGAACUGAGGAAAUCACUGUCUGAGCUGGUGGAUGACAAGUUUGGGACCGGCACCAAGAAGGUGACACGGAUCCUAGAUGGUGGCAACCCCUUCCUGGAUGUCCCACAGGCUCUCAGUGCUACCACCUACAAGCAUGGGGUGCUGACUCGGAAGACUCACGCCGACAUGGAUGGCAAGAGGACACCCCGUGGGAGGCGUGGCUGGAAGAAAUUCUACGCGGUGCUCAAAGGGACCAUCCUGUACCUGCAGAAGGAUGAGUAUAGGCCUGACAAAGCUCUGUCCGAGGGCGACUUGAAGAACGCCAUUCGCGUGCACCAUGCUCUGGCCACCAGGGCCUCCGACUACAGCAAGAAGUCCAACGUGCUCAAGCUGAAGACGGCCGACUGGAGGGUCUUCCUCUUUCAGGCCCCGAGCAAGGAAGAAAUGCUGUCCUGGAUCCUUAGGAUCAACCUGGUGGCCGCCAUCUUCUCAGCCCCGUCCUUCCCCGCUGCUGUCAGCUCCAUGAAGAAGUUCUGUCGGCCCCUGCUGCCCUCCUGCACCACACGCCUCUGUCAGGAGGAGCAGCUGCGUUCUCAUGAGAAUAAGUUGAGGCAGGUGACUGCGGAGCUGGCCGAGCACAGGUGUCACCCCGUCGAGAGGGGUGUCAAGUCCAAGGAGGCUGAGGAGAACCGGCUGAAGGAGCACUAUCUCACUUUUGAGAAAAGCCGUUAUGAGACCUAUAUCCACCUGCUGGCUGUGAAAAUCAAAGUGGGCUCGGAUGACCUGGAGCGGAUCGAGGCCCGGCUGGCCGCCCUGGAGGGGGAUGACCCUUCCCUCCGCAAGACGCACUCAAGCCCGGCCCUCAGUCAGGGCCACGGGACUGGGACUGGCAGCAAAGCUAUGAAGGAAACCACCGGGGCUGAUACUUAGCUGGCAUGGAUGGGCAGGCCCCAGAGGCAGGCAAAUGCCCCCAGAGGGGUCAGUGAGCACAAUUCCAGCCAGGGGCCACUUGCACCAGCUCCAGGCAGUUGACAGGCGGCCACAGGGGUGCACAGAGCCCUGUGGGCCAAGGAGAUGGAGGUGCUCUUCAUGGCGUUGAUCGUGCAUCCUGGGGUUUUUCUGGGCCUCAGACCUUCUCCCCAGCCUUCACGUUCCUCUCCAUCACGAGCCGCAUUUUGUAGGCCAGUUGUAUGCAUGUUCUAGACACCAUCUCACUGGGAAAGGAGGACUGGCCACUGGCUUCCCAGGCCCUCCCCUCCUCACACACCCCUCCCCACCUCACACGCCCCCUCUCCUCACACACCCCUCCCCUCCUCACAGACUCCUCCCCUCCUCACACACCCCUCCCCUCAUCUCCAUUGUUUUCAAAGGCAGGUCUUGACUCCAGGUCUCAACUUGUAUCCUGAGCUCUUCCCCUCCUCCUCCUCCUUCAGACUUGACCAGCAGCAGGUUCGCAGACCACCAGCACCAUCCUCUCCGCUCCCCCCUCCAUAGCUUCUGGAACCAUGCCUUGUCCUCCUGCCUCCCCUUGCAAUAAUCCAGGACCCAGGCCUGCUCCCUCGAUGCCAAGCUGUCUCCACUCAUGUGUGCGUCCACCUCACCUUCCAUUUAUGGAGGCCACUACUUCUUUCUUUUAUAUGGACAAAAAUGUAUAUAUAUAUAAGAAUUAUAUAUAUAAGGAAUCCCUUUAAAGAAGAUUUUGGAACUGAUAUCAGGAUGAACUAAUAUGAAGGAAAAGCCUGUUUCAGAACUCCACCUGUUGGCAAGGACGGCUGCUAUCCAGCCCCCUGGUGGCCCUGACACUCGGGGAGGGAAGGUGGAGGCAGUGCUCACCACCUCUCACCGCUUUCCCCCUCCUCCGGCUGACCUGUGAUUACACUGCUCUUACAGUUGAUACUUUGGAAUAAAUAGUGUGUGAGUAUGCCACCCCGUCUGUCCCACGGGCAUCCAUGGAUGGACCAUGGCCCUGUUUAUAUUUUGGUCUUUAUGUUGGUGCUGUCAGGUCUCUGAGCUACAGAGGUGGCCUCGUGUACAGAUUUACUGCUACAGGAAUAAAAGACAUUCUGCCUUGCAAACAGCCACUUGUCAACAAGCCCAAAGAUGUUUGAUGGGGGAAGGUUAUGGAAACCAGUCAUUCCUGGGCUUGAAAAAAAAAUGGAGUAAGAAGUGGCUGAUUGUUUUUUAAGCUGACAUUUCGUUCAUUCUUUUAGUGACUCACAAAGGCUUGCUAAGGACAUGCUUGGGAAGGACAGACAAAUCUGCCUUGUGAUGAUCACUGACUAGCAUCCCGUACACCCUGUAUCCUGCAUUCCUCAGACGGACAAGUGGUGGGGUGAUGGGACCCUCAGUGUAGCUGUGAUGAGCAAAUCCUUUAUAUUUUUAAAAUAGAUUUAGUCUGGGCAGCACUCUGACCUCAGUGGUAACAUAUUUAGUUAGUUGCAAGGUUGGCUUAUCUUGUUAAGAACCUAACACUUAUAAGCACGCUCCCAUUUGAUGCAAGGGAUGUAUGAGUCUGGAAACAUGUAGUGGUUUCCAUCCACGUUAUUUAAUUUGGAUCAGCUGAAGUGUAUUUUACACCCAAACCAUCUGGCCCCUUCGCUUCACUGAGGGGAAGUAAAUGUUCAUUUAAAUGCAGUUGAAAGAGCAAUGUAACAUAAAAAAAGCUCUCUGUAUUCUCCAGGGUGCUUCAAAGGUCUCUGAUUUUGGGGGCCCACCUCAUGAGGUGGAGGGUGGGUGAAUGAAAGCAGAGGAGCAGGAGCAGGCUCAUGUCUGCUGCAGACAGAUCGGCUUCCCUGAGCACUAGUGAUGUCUCGCAUCAGUAAAAAAGUCUUUAGUUCACUUUCUCAAUUGUAUAAUUAUUUAUUGUAAAUUAUAUACAUGUACUACUGUACUAAAAUAUUAUGUACAUUAUAAAACAUACACAAAAAUAGAAAUUUAAAAAGAUGAGAUGAAAAUAAAUCUAAAUCAAAGUUCUAA